AUGCACUUUUCUCCAAUCAUCAGCGCAACCGCGCUCCUCUUCGCUCACUCCACCCUAGCCGACGUCUCGCUCAUCACCAAUGCCACCGAUUUCACAACCCUCGCCAACACGGACAAAGGCUUUCCCAGCCAAACAUUUCGCUCCUCCAGCAUAAUUGCUCCCAUCUUUCUCGUAAACACGUGGGAGCAGGAUCAAGUCGACAAUGCCUCCUUCAUCUUCCUCGGAACAGUCUACGGGGCGAACAAGGCAGGCCCCAUGAUUUUCGAUGCCCGCGAUAUGAGCCUCGUGUACGCCGAUCAGCAAUACGAAAACACGUACACGUCAAACGUGCAUGUUAUCAACGGCACUCGUUAUUUUGCUUUUUGGGAGGGCGGCCAUACCCGCGGCCACGCCAACGGAAACUGUCUCUUCUUCGAUGAAAACUACAACCUCAAGUACAACGUCACCGCCCAAGGACUCAACGAUGCCCGUGCCGACAUGCAUGAACUCAGCGUCACCCACAGCGGAACAGUCAUCUUCUCAACAUACUUUAACAUCCCUUUUGACUGCCGCUCAGUGGGCGGGCCAGAAAAUGCGCUCCUCAUGGACAGCGGCUUCCAAGAAGUCGACGCAGCAACAAACGAAUUAAUCUUCGACUGGCAAGCUUCAAACUUCUUCACCAUUGAUAACUCAUAUGCUUCAUACAACGCAGAUUACGGCGUUGGCCAAGACUCCGGCUUCGACUUUUUCCACAUCAACUCGAUAGAAAAGGCAAUUCCGCCCAUCUCCCUCGGCAAACACUCAUCGCUAACAAACACUCACCUUUAG